UCACAGACUCAUGAACCAAUAGACAAAAUAUCUAUUAACGCUUCUUUCUUUCUUUCUAUCCCUACUUCGCCUCUGUUUCAUUUGGCCCCUUCUUUCUCACAAGCCACUCUCUUCAUACUUGGAACUCCGUUAGACCAAAUCCCCAUUUUACUCGUUCAAUCUCUCUCAAUGUUUCAUCAAAUGGUUCUUCUGAGCGCUUUGAAAGAUUCCAUUCCUUGAGUCAUGCUGCCUGUGUCAAUCUUUUCAUCAUCCUCAUUUCUGGUAUCAUCCUUGUUUGCAUGAGCAGGUGUGUUUAAGAGCAUGGGUAGAGGUAGAGGAAAGGGUAAAAAAUUAACUGUUAUCAAUCACGAGGAUCCUGCAAGUGGGGAAGAUGAAAAAGUUCCCAUGCAGAAGAGAAGAGGGAGGCCACAGAAACCGUUAAAGGAUGAUUUUGAUGAAGAAGAAGUAGAGAAGAUAGAAGAUGACAGUGACAACAAUGUGAAGAAUGGAAUCUCCAACAAAGAGAUGAAAAGCCCCACGGCAACAGAAAAUGGAAGGAAAAGGAAGAAAAGCUCACAGGUAAAAGAGAAACUGGAGUCAGUUGAGGAAGAAAAUGGCAUUGGCAAUGGAUCAAACACCACUGCUGCGUUGACAAAGUCCAAUGGUUUUAGGCAUAAUGGAAGCAGACGCAAGAACACACCUCGUCGAGCUGCUGAAGCAGGUGUGCAAUGCAAGUAACCGUAAUCAAAGGAAUUUGGAUUCUUUGUUGGGUUUGUCUGUGUUGUUUCUCUGCUGUGUCUUCAAAAUAUCCAACAUUGUUUAUGUUUAAUGCUCAGCAGAGAACAACACAAAAAAAAUUCAGUAGAGAAUCUGAAUUCUGAUCGAAGUUGUUGUGCAGUGACUUUCUUCCUUUUCAUAUUACCAAUUACAAUCAGAUAGGAAGUGAGGCUCAGUAGUAUCAUUUAUUUUAUUUACUUGUUUUGUUUCUUUGCUCUCAUUUUUAGUUUCCUUUUUCCUGGGUGAGUCUGAUUUUGAGGGUUUAAUUCACUGAUACCCUGUCAUUAAUUCCUUCUUUUCUUUAUUUCAAUCAUGAAUUUGAGAGUUUACAAUGCUACCUGUUGUCUUAUAAUGCUAUAACACUUCCAAUUCAAA